CGGCAAACGCAACAACACGGAGCGGGCGUGGGGAGCGGAGCGGUGAGCGAGGAUCGAGGGCAACGUGGCGAGGCACUCCCGAGGGGGAGAGGCGACUUUGCUUCCAGUUCCAGGAAAGAGUGGGCUAUAAAAAGGCGCUCGAGAUCCAGAUCUGGGCCGAUGCGACCGCCCUCGCUGCUCUCCCUCACCCUCGACGCCGCGCUCCUCCGCAUCGCCAAUAUCGCCGACCUCUCCCACCUCCCAGACCACCUCCUCAUCGACCUCUUCCGUGUAGGUACCUCGCCGCGCCCUCCGCCACCUCUCGAAUCUGUGGCCCGCUGCUGAUUGAUCCUGUACUUGUACCGGUGCCAAGGCUCCGCGUGCUUGGAUUCGGUUUAGGCACAUUUUGCGGCGUGGAUUUAGUAGUUUCGGAUUGAUCCUGGUGGCUGGGGCUGGGUUUGUCCGGUCUUUCAGAGAGAACCCUCAGUGCUGGUAAGCUGACAGAGAAAGUUCUCAAGUUGUUUCUAGCAACCGACUGUGAGGAUAUCAUAUUGGCUGUUCGGUUGCUCAACAUUAAGCAGCCACUCGUACCAGUCCUUCCCACAAGGUGCUCUGAGAGAUUCUAGAUCUGCUGCCGCUCACAUCGUUUUGAUUACCUGAGAAGAUGCCUUUGGAAAUUCAAGAUAGUGAGGUUGACAUAGUGAUUGCGGCACUCCAGCCCAACCUGACCACUUUCUUUGAGGCAUGGCGACCAUUUUUCUCCCGUUUCCACAUCAUUGUCGUCAAAGAUCCAGACAUGGCAGAGGAUCUUCAAAUCCCUGCAGGUUUUGAUCUCAAGGUUUACACCAAGUCAGAUAUUAAUGGGUUGCUUGGUGCCUCCUCAUCCAUAAACUUAUCUGGUCACUCAUGCCGUUACUUUGGGUAUCUUGUCUCACGCAAGAAGUAUGUGAUUUCAAUUGAUGACAAUUGCCUCCCAGCGAAGGACACUGCUGGGUCGACUGUUGAUGUUGUUGCACAGCACAUGGCCAAUCUGAAAACACCUGCUACACCUUUCUUUUUCAACACACUCUAUGAUCCAUACAGGAAAGGUGCUGACUUUGUCCGUGGUUACCCAUUCAGCCUGCGCGAGGGGGUUGAGUGCAUGCUCUCGUGUGGUUUGUGGCUUCAUAAUGCUGACUACGACCCGAUGACUCAUGUUGUGAAGAGAAAUCAACGGAACACAACAUAUGUGGAUGCUGUGAUGACGGUUCCGCUUGGUGCCAUGCUGCCUGUGAGCGGGAUAAAUGUUGCAUUCAACCGCGAUGUGCUGGGGCCUGCUAUGUUCCCAGGCCUGCGUCUACGAAACGAAGGGAAGCACAGAUGGGAUACCCUUGAAGACAUAUGGAAUGGCUUAUGUGCUAAAGUAGUCUGCGACAGCUUGGGAUAUGGUGUGAAGACCGGACUGCCUUAUGUGAUGAGAAGUGAUGCAGAAGCAGGUAAAGCUCUGGAGAGCUUGAAAGAGUGGGAAGGGGUAAAAGUCAUGGAUGAUGUUCUCCCAUUCUUCCAGUCGCUCAAGCUAUCGAGGACUGCAGUUACUGUUGACGAUUGUGUUAAGGAGCUUGCUGGAGUUGUCCGUGAGAAGCUAGGACCUAAGAAUGCAAUCUUCACCAAAGCAGCCGAUGCCAUGGUGGAAUGGAACAAUCUCUGGAAAGUGCAUGGUGCUCAGAAUGCAUAGUUUGGGAGUUUGCAUGUUUCCUACAGAGCAUCUAAUAGUUGUUUGGAGUGCGCGUUUUACAGUUCUAAAUUUUCCCUGUGGAACUCAUGAAGCUGAAAUAAACAACGGUCCUUUAUGCCGUGAAUUUGGCAUGAAUAGCUGAGCAUCUCAUUGUAUACGCUUAAGAAUUAUGUAAUGUAAUGCAUCAAAAGAACAUGUGAUGUUUUCUUGCA